GACUCCCGACUGGCUCACUACCAACUUACAACAAUAAUAAUAAUACGAAAAAAAUAAAUAUUACGAAUAGUACAAAGGAGUCAAGGUCGUCAACUAAACGUACCGCAUAAUAUUAUUAUUAGAUAGCGGCGGCGGCGGCGGCGGCAUUCGGCAUUUUAGCGACUUGGCGGUCAUUUUUAUCGCUUUAUAGCAUCAGUUUAUGUAUUGGUGUGUGCACGGGAGUGUGUGCGUGUGUGAGUGUGUAUUUGCGUUUGUAUGUGCGCGCGCGCGAACAGUAAACAAAAACAACUCAAUAAAUAAUAAACGUUCAACGGACAAAGCAAGUGUUUUGACUUUUGACUUUCAAGUGUGUGUUGCGCGCCGAGACGAUCUGUGCGCCUUUUUUUCGUUCGACCCCUCUUCGGCGUCCGUGUGGUGCUCUAAUUGAACGGCGAAUACCUAGGUUUUAAUACCAAUUUUUGUUAACGAACGUCGGUGAACUACGUCUGACCGUAGGCGUAUUGUUGUUUUUUCCUGAUUGGAAAUCAUCAUUCGUUAAUAGCAGUCGGAAGGUCGGUGUCGGCGACAGCUGCGUACCGUCUGGUUCCUGGACAGGGACCCUGUCCGUCCGUAUUGGGCUCUUGUGCGGUUGACGUGAAAAUGGAACGGUCGACGACAUACCCGAAUUUCUGUAUUUGCUGUACACAACAAAAACGGUGCCGCCUGUACAAUCGGCGGAUAUAAACGGUAUUGACAUUGUACUUUUGUUGUAUCCACCAUGAAACUGUUGGAGAGCUCGCAAUUAAUCGAACUGUCGAGAGCACUUUGUGUAGACCGAGGAGAUGUUAAAGUCGUUGCCAGGAUUGAAAGCUAUUCAUGCAAAAUGGUAGGUGAUGAAAAACACAAGUAUAAAAAGUUUUACUCUCAGAGUGGCACACAGCCAGGCGACCUCGAAGCACUGGGCUGUUCACCAAACAGUGAUCCACGAUACGGAAGAAGUCUUAGUGUAUCGGGAGAUGAAGAAGUCCUGUUAUGUGAUACAAUAUCACGCAAAUCUUUAUUUUACUUGAUUGCUACACUGAACGCAACAUUUGCACCUGAUUACGAUUUCACAGAUGCAAAAUCGUCAGAAUUUAGUAGAGAACGCAGUUUGCAGUGGGUUAUGAGAGAUGUGGAUAAUAAUUUAUCAGCAGUUAUUGUAGAACCUACCACAGCAACAUCAUGUGUUGCAUCUAAUCAAACUAUUAUGAAUCACCUACAAAGUAAUACAGCUCCCAAAAAUUACUCACAGUUACGUGAUAAACUCUGGGAAGUAAUUGACAAAGAAAUUGGCAUGUCUCAAUGUGACAUUUACAGCUAUACGCCUGACAUGCGAUCAGAUCCAUUUAGCGAAGAUGGGUGCCUGUGGUCGUUCAACUAUUUCUUUUACAACAAAAAACUAAAAAGAAUUUUAUUUUUUACUUGCCGUCGCAUUAUUAGUUCUUCCUAUCCCAUGGAUUUUGAUGGAUCAAUAGGAACUGGAUCAGAUUCUAUGUUCUUGUCUGAUUAUUAUGAUGAUGGAGGUGCUGAUAGCAAUAGUAGGCAUCACAGAGAAAGAAGUCCUUUAAAUAAUAGUCGUCGUCGAGGUGGAAAUAGUAAUUUCUAAAUGACAAAUUAAAAAAGGAAAAAUAGUCUAAAUAUAUUUUAACUUGCUGUCUCUCUUUUCUUUUUUUAUGCUUUUAACUAUAAUAUAAAUUAUACAUCAGCCAAUAACUAUUAUUAUUCAAAAAAUAAUCAUAUAUAGAUUUAUAAUAUAUAUACAUAGAUAUUGUGUUAUUUUACACAUUUGCACAUUUUUAAUUGUUAUUAUGUAUGAGUAUAAUUAUAUUAGGAUUGUAAAUUGUUUGACAAAUUUUUGGUAAAACUAAGAUAUAGUGUGGUGGAUCUCAGUUAUUGCAUAUUUAAAUAGUCAUGAUUGAUAUUUAUUGUCGCUAAAACUUUGUUGAUAUUUAUUUAUAUUUAAAUAUAUUAACCAACAAUUUUACUAAAAAUAAUUUAAGUACAACAUUAUUA